CUGAAAACUUAAAUUGGAACUCUCUUUUUUUUUUUUACUAGUAAAUUGGAACUUUUAAGUUUGAAUUUUUGUUUUUUUGGAAAUAGUGCUUGAAUGAAAUCAAAUGCGAGUAACAAAUCAGUGGAGGCUCAGAUCCACCAUUGUAGUCCAGAAAAGAAGAAGAAGAUCCUCCACGUCCAUGGCUGCGAAAGAAUCGGUUGCCGGUGGGAAUCAGAUGUCCCAUAAAUCCGACCAUCCGGUGUCUCCACGCCGUGCAAUCGGCGACACCGUCGUUACUGAGCCAAGCAAAAGCGAGAGGCAGCACCAAACAAAAAGGAAAGGAAGAAAAGAGGAACCAGAGCUGGCUAAAGCAGUGAUUCCAGUAACCAAGUCACAUUCACACACACGGCAAUCAGAACGACAGUGGCGGGUUUGGGGAACGGCAGCGGCCGUCGGCAAUCAGGUGGUGGACACGGAACGACACAAGGAUGUGGGGAUUUUCGAAAUUGGAGUUAGGGUAUAAACGUCAAUUCAAUAUGGUUUAGGGCAAAAAAAUUUAAAAUUUAGGGCGACGAAUAGCGAUUUAGUUUUAAAACACAACACCUAACAAUGGCCAAGUGUAACCAAUGAAAAGGACUGCAGUAUAGUGGCACAAGUAAUAAAUAUCGAAUCCACGGGUCUCUAGAGUUACUAUUACUCAGCUUCAGUUCAUUAUCUAGCAAACUAGAUGAAGGAUUGAUUUAUAAACUACUCUACUGACUACUCUACUAAAUACAAGUUGGGAACUCACUUAGGUAUGAUUCCCCCUAGCUCCUCAAUUAGGUCCAAGUUGCAAUUACCUUUGGUUGAUCUACUGUUGAUUAAACUGCGGAAGAUCCUAAAUUAGCUUGGAAUCUCUUAAGCUGACCAAGCCCUCUCAGACAGAAUACCUGGUAGGCGACUAGCCUUCACCGGGAUAGACUGCUAAGGCGAUUCACACAGAUCUCCACUAAUGGAAUGAAUUACAGUACAAAGCAGUGAAUUGAUUGACUCUCGCACAACCAAUUCACCACUAUCAAUCAAGGAAGCUCUCUUAACCUAAUCAGAUUCUAUCUAUCAUAGGUUAAAGCAGAAAUCAAGAGAAUUUGAUCAAGAUACAAUUGACUCAACAAAUCAUGCCUCAAUCGAUUAUAAUCAAACAAUAUAACAUCCAAAACUUCAUACAAGAAAGAUCCUAACACAUGGAACUAGGGUUCCUCAAAACCUAAGUGAAGGGAAGUUACUCCAUAGAGAAGAGAGAGACUGCAGAAAUCUGAUCUAGAUCUUCAAUCUCCAUCUCCAAGCUUGAUUCCCAAGCUCCAAUGGCGAAGAAAUCCUCCAAAAUAGCUCCAAGAAUAUUCUCAAGUCGCUCUCUCUCUCUAGGGUUCGUCCCUUGGGUGUUUGGGAACCAAAACCCAGCUCUCCCUCUCCUUUGGCUCGAAAUUUGGUUUAAAACCAGAGAUUCCCGACUCACACGGUCAGGCCACAUGGCCGUGUGGCUUUCCCAGAUGCCCGUGUGAGUGCCAAAACGCGGAGUUUCGAUUAAUCGGCAACCAGGCAAGCUACACGAGCAGGGGCCACACGGCCGUGUGGCUCCCCAUGAUGCCUGUGUGAGUGCUCGGUAAAUCCCACACGGCCACAUGGCCGUGUGGGUUUUUAGGUGUGCCCUUGUGGCUUGCUCAGCCUCUGUUUAAUGCUUCGUUUCUCCCUCGUCCGGACUCCGAAUCAGUCGUCGUUUGAUCCCAGACGCUCGUAGUCUUGUCCUCUUUAUUUUCAUGAAAAAAUUCCAUGAUGAUUUGUUCAUAAUAUGAGGUAGAAGUCCAUUAUUCCUCAGGUCAUGCUCGUGUUUCUUCUCCCGAAUUGCCAAAUGAUCUCCGAUUGACUUGAAACUUGCGCCUAUGCUUCAAUUCACAUGCUAGGAUCUGAAAUGUGACAAAGGAACACAACCUAGCGUAAAAUAGUCCAAGAAAGCAGAAACUCAAGCCAAAAUGAUCAAGAAACGAGGGUGCAAACAUGUGCAAAUCCGAUGUUAUCAGGCGCCCAAAUCAUCGCCAAUCUUAGCCCUUGACUGGAUCCAAUAUCAAUAGAGUCGUCCCUGCUCACAAGCCCCCUAAAUCUUCAUCCAAGACAGCCAGGGUCCAAGCAUCUCCGAAUAAUCGCCAUUUAUGGAUGAAACAUGUAGAGGUAGAUGGCGCAUUAGAGGGGAGCAAGCGAACCGAUGAACUCGGCCCCCUCAAACUCCUACCAGGGAAAAUCAUCCACACAGAUCUGGGAUCUGGUGGGGCUCAAAAGCAUCUCCACGGGGGAGGCCAGAAGAGCAUCAUCACAAAGAUAUAGGAAAAACCGAAAGGUCAAGACAAAAAACAGGGAAAGCAACACUAAAGGCGUGAGACGUAA